AUGAUAUGUUGUUUGAGCGUUAUUUUUAUUUCAUUACUAUUACUGAUCGUUCAAUGUGAAGAUUAUGAGCGGAAAUAUUUUAAUCGAAACUUCCCGGCAACAACAAAUCGACCGGAACCAUUGCGGUUACUUAAUCAACUCAGAAAUUCAGCGGUGAUCUUGAACAGAUCUAUUCAAGCUCAUGAUGACUAUGAUCCGUGGAAAUAUUUUAAUCGAAACUUUUGGACAACAACAAAUCGACCAAAAUUAUUUGGGUCACAUACAUUCAAACAUUCAAUGUCGAACUGGCAGAUACCAUCAGAUAUAUUUCUUAAUAAGACUGAUACAAAAUAUCCGCCAAUCAACUUUAAUUAUCCUUCUAUUUACCAGGACAAGUCAUAUCAAGAAUUAAUAAAAAGACUUAACACAAAAUCAUGUUUGGCAGCGCAAAAAACAUGCGGUAUAAAGCCAGAUGAAUGGUGCUGCUCUCUUAAUUCUCGAUGUGGAAUCAAUCAUGAUUGCUUUAAAUAUACAACUACUAAUUCACAACCAACAUCUACUGGACAAAUUAGAUUUGUUAUAUUCAUUGUUAGUGUGUUGAUUUAUUGUUGUUGUCAGAUUUUCGUUAAGUCUAAAAAACAAUACAAUCCUGUAACUGGCAUCAGCACCUUCACAGUACCACAACAAAGUUCGAUACCUCAAGCUGAUCAUAUACCAAUGAAUUUCAUGGUGACACGGGAGAAUAUAAUGAGUCUCAACCUACGAGAUCUAGAUACUCAAUCAACAAAUUCUGAAAUUUUAAGAGAACAUGACCGCCGUACCGGUCUGGACACAAUAAUAAUAAUGUCCUUCGAACAACAACCGUCCACUCCACCACCAGCAUAUGACGAAUUAUCACUACAUCACUCAAUGGCAAUAGAACAACAAUCUUUACUACCACCAACAUAUGCUGAUUUUAUCCAAAGUACUAAUGAAUCAGAACGAACUAUUUGA